AUGCAAUAUGUGAUUGGGCUGCAUCAUGCUACUGAGGCUGUGACUGGUUGUGAUGUUACUCAGAAGCGACACAACAAACAUUGCUGCAGUGUUGAAGUCAUUGCUGAAAUCCUUGCCUCAGACCCUACACGAUGGCGUGUCUGUGUGAAAGGCCAGCACGUUCCUCCAGGUAUAGAAUGGCUGCCUCCAACAAAGAGCAAGCACAUGUUAGAGCGAGUGAAGGACAAUGUAAUGAGUGAUAGAUUAGUGGGUUUAACUCCCUUUAACAUUUAUAGAAAACAACUUGCUGGGAUAGAAGAAAAUAAAAUAGCUGCUUCAUUCAAGGACACCCGCUCACAUCUAGUUCCAGAAAGGGUGACUGACUUUGUAUAUAACACUGAGAAGCGUCAUUCAUUUCAAUGGUCAUCAGUUCAUGCUUGUGUUCCUGAGUUGAAGCAGCAAGGCAUCCUGCUUCUGUACCAUGAACCCAGUAGUCAGACUGAUGUUCCAGAAGCGGACAAAUUAGUUACCUUGUGCGUAAGCAAUCACACAGCUCUGCAAUCUGCCAGAAGGAAUCAACAUGUGUUGGGAAUUGACGGCAAGCACGGUCUACAAGAUGAUGGUGCAUGCCUGACCACUUGUGUCACACAACACCGUGAUGGCUUUGGCUGCCCAACAGCCUUCUCUAUAAUAAAUAGAGAAAAUACCGACUCCAUUUUGUUGACACUGAAAGCAAUCAUAGAAAAUGUGCCAUGUGAUAGUGCAAAAUGUACGCAUGACUUCACCUACUUGGGGAUUCCUGAUCAGCGUGGAUAUAGGAGAAAGACCAUUUGUGCUGCUCCCAAUCCUUAUAAACCACUGGUCAUGAUAGACAAGCAUGAACCAUCUGCAAAUGCAUGUCAGCGUCUCGGAUUGCAGUAUGUGCUUUGCUGGUUUCACAUUGUGAAGGCAAUGAUGGAGAAGCUAAAAGCUCUCAACCUUUCACUUGUUCAGUCAUACCAGGUCAUCCUUGGCUUCAAGAUUGUUGCAAGGUCUUCACAUCAUGAAACUGCAGUUGCACUAUGGGAGCUAUUUAUCCAGAUGAUCAAGAGCAUGGAAGUGACGCCUGCUACUCAAAACGCACUGUUGAAGUACCUGACUGAGGAAUGGUGGUGUGAAAAAUGGAGAUAUGCCUGGCUAGAUUCAACUCGCCUUCUCCUGAUUGCUAAUAGAGAGCGGACAAUGACCACCAAUAACCAUGAUGAACAGCUGAACCUUCAGGUGUUCAAGCAUCCAAGGAGAAUAGCGGUAGCCAGUUUGUUCCUCCCAAGAAAGCAUCGCUUCUCAACAUUCACGCAGCAAAGACUAUUGCACAUGACCUGGGAACCAAAAUUCUCACACCGUCAGACAUCAAACUACGCUCAAACCAAGCUAGAUUACUGUUUCUGACCCAAGAAAUCCUACCUGUGAGAGAAGACUCUUCUGAUCUGUUCUU